AUGCUGAAGUGUUGUGAUANCAAUGCAUUGGCACAGUGGAACGAUACCCUUCCUACAUGUGUUGCGGUUCCAAGAACAAGUUCAACCCAGUGCAGUUCGGUGCCUGAACCACGAUUUGGAAAAAGAAUUGGAAAUGAAUUUGCUGUUGGUUCGUUGGUUCUUUUUGAGUGUAAUCCAGGCUAUAUACUGUAUGGGUCAAUAGCAAUUAGAUGCGACACAGUGCCCAAUGCAUUGGCACAGUGGAACGAUACCCUUCCUACAUGUGUUGUGCCCUGUGGAGGUAUUUUAACUAAACGUAAAGGAACCAUUUUGUCUCCGGGAUACCCUGAACCAUAUGACAACAAUCUGAAUUGUGUGUGGAAGAUCACAGUGCCAGAAGGAGCUGGAAUUCAGGUACAAGUGAUAAGUUUUGCAACAGAGCAUAACUGGGACUCUUUAGAUUUUUAUGAUGGUGCUGAUAACAACGCUCCGAGACUUGGAAGCUACUCAGGAACCACAAUACCUCCGCUUCUUAAUAGUACAUCCAACAAUUUGUACUUAAAUUUUCAGUCAGAUAUUAGUGUGUCGGCUGCCGGCUUUCAUUUAGAGUACACAG